CGGGCCCAAACGAGCACGCGUGGGCCGUGAGGAGAAGUGGGCGUGUCGCCCCCUCCCGCCAAGCCGUCCCCUCAGGCCGGCAGCCAUGUUGGGGAGCGGUGCGGCGAGCGGGCGGUGCGCGGCGCCCUCUGGCGGCUCCCCGCCCGCACAUCGGCUAGGAGCGGGCGGUCGCCGGCCAUGAAGUCCGUUUUCGUCACCGUGGGCACCACCAGCUUCGACGACCUGAUCGCGACCGUCUGCUCCCCGGCGGCCCUGCAGGUGCUGCAGAGCCGCGGCUACCAGAAGCUGGUGCUACAGGUCGGGCGGGGCGAGCUGAAGCCGGCGCCGCGCGGGAGCCCGGCCUUGGCGGUGGAAGCUUUCCGCUUCAAGGACUCGCUGGCCGAGGACCUGCGGAGGGCGGACCUGGUCAUCAGCCACGCAGGUGCAGGUAGCUGUCUGGAGACUCUAGAAGAAGGAAAGCCACUAAUAGUAGUAACAAACGAAAAACUGAUGAACAACCAUCAGCUUGAGCUGGCAAAACAGCUCCACAGAGAUGGGCACGUCCUCUACUGUAAUUGCAGCACUCUUGUGGAGACACUGCAGUCAAUGGACUUGUCAACUUUGAAACCUUAUCCUCCUGGACAGCCAGAAAAGUUUGCUUUGUUCUUGGAUAAAGUUGUUGGGUUUCAAGCACAUCAAGCAAUGAAGUCGGAAGAAGUUAGCUUAGCGCGGACUCCCUUCUCUUCCCGAGGCAGGUCCGGGAGGAGACGCCGUCUGCGGGGGGGGGGGGGGGGUGGCUUACCGCGGUUCGGCGUGCCCGCCCACGCCGAGAGCUACCGGGGGCUGGAGAAAAACGACCCCCCCCGGCGCUCGGACAGCCGUGAGAGCGGGACAGGGAGGCAGCUCCUGCGGGCGGUCCGCGGGCUCGCCGGGAGGGCACCGCUCGCAGCUGCCUCUCGGGACAGCUGGCAGGCGAAGGGAACCGGCCCCAGCUGCGGCGGGACGGGGGCGAGCCGGGCUCGGGGGUGCGCUCCGUGGGCGGCAGCGCCCGGUGCCGGCGCGAAGGGGGAUGCCGGGGGUCGGGUCAUGGCGCCCGGCGCAGGUGGGCGCGUUGGGUGCGGCCCCUCAUUAGCGGCAGCCGCGUGCCCCGCCGCCACGCGCCGCGCAGCGCCCCGCGCGGAGCCCCCCCUCUCCCGCUUCUGCCUUUGCCGCUUCAGCCGCCGCCCGUGGAAGAUGCAGAAGGGCUGGAAGAAGUACUUCGGGCAGAAGUCCUUCAGCGAGGUGGCCAUGGACGAGUACCUGGGCAGCCUGGGGCUGUACCGCAAGAUGACGGCCAAGGACGCCUCCUGCCUCUUCCGAGCCGUCUCGGAGCAGCUGUUUUCAUCUCAAAUUCAUCACAUGGAAGUUAGGAAAGCUUGUGUCGCGUUUAUAAGGCAACACCAGCAUAAGUUUGAAUCUUAUGUGGAAGGAUCAUUUGAGAAGUACCUUGAACGACUAGGAGAUCCAAAGGAAAGUGCUGGCCAGCUGGAAAUGAGUGCUUUAUCAGUGAUGUACAAGCGAGACUUCAUUCUGUACCGGUACCCUGGAAAACCACCCACUUAUGCUACAGACAAUGGAUUUGAAGACAAGAUUUUACUGUGUUGUUCCGGCAAUGACCAUUAUGACUCUGUGUAUACAAAACAAUUCCAGGAAAAUGCUGCUAUUUGCCAGGCUGUAUUGUAUGAGAUCCUGUACAAAGAUGUGUUUGGCAUGGAUGAGGAAGAAUUGCGGUCUGCAGUUGAGGUGUUUCGAAGUGGAUCCAAGAAGAACAGAAACAGUGGCUCUGUAGGAAGUGAGGAUGCAAACUUUGAUUGUCUUCAUGAAAAAGUAUCCAGAAAUCCAUCAGAAAAGAGAGUGGACGACUGGGAAGGCAAUGAUACUGAUAAUCCACAGGAAGAUAAGUUCAAACAAGGCAUUGAAGAAGAAAAGCUGCCAGAAAAUCCAUCAAAGAUGCCGGUUCCUUAUAAAGUGCUAAAGGCGCUGGACCCUGAGAUCUAUCGGAAUGUGGAGUUUGACGUUUGGCUGGACAGCAGAAAAGAGCUUCAAAAAACUGACUACAUGGUGUUUGCUGGGAGACAGUACUAUUUAGGAGACAAGUGUCAGGUACGUCUGGAGCCUGGAGGUAAGUAUUACAACGCUCAUAUCCAGGAAGUUGGACAGGAUGGCAACACGUUGACCGUAUUUGUUGAGGAGCUGGCAGAAAAGCAUACAGUUCCUUUGGCAAACUUAAAACCAGUGACACAAGUGGCACCUGUCCUUGCUUGGAAUAUGGUUCCCAGCCGAAAAGGAGGAACCUAUCAGAAAAUAACAGGGGGAUACUUCUCAGGAAUAGAAAUGGAUAUGAAAACACGGAAGAGAAUCCUUAAGAAAGUUCGUGGAAAGGAAGUCUUUAUGACUGUGGCUUAUAGCAGGGGUCAGCCAGUUCUUCCACCCCGGCUACAGCACAGUGGUCCUUCAGGGCGCUCUCCUCCAGUUCACUGCUCACAGGGUGGUGGAAACAUGGCACCUUAUGAACCCUAUCAUCCUCAGAACCCUCCUCAGAGACAUAACCGUGGAUUUGGGAUGCCAAGGGGAUCUGCCCGAUUUAUAAACAGGCACAACAUGGUUGGCCCUCAAAUAGCAUUCUGCCCCAGUCCAGGAAAGAGAUGCUAUCAGAGCUAUGACAGUUUCUCCUGCAGGUCCUGCUCAUACAGCCGUAGCCGCCGUCAGAUGCAGUGUGUGAAUAAGGAAUGUCAGUAUGGGUUUGUACCAGGGAAUGGAGAGGAGCCUCAAGGACCAGAAGAAACUAUAACUUUCUAUGAAAUUGAAGGAGAGCAUGACACUGCUUUUCCUACUUUACCAAGCCAGAGUAGCCCUGCUCCCAUUGUCCAUGGUCCAGCAGGAUUUUGGGUAGCAAGGAGAGGCCCAAACUCUGUUCCACCUAACAAGCAGACCCUUAAUUCCUCAGAGGAGGAAGAAGAAACAAGUGAAAAUGGGAAAUUUCAUGAAGAAUAUAUCUAUGCACCUCCAGAUCCCGACUGUGAAACUGCAACAGUAUUUAGUUCAGCAGAACCUACAGCAAACUUGGAAGAAGGGCCGGUCUCUGUGUCACCUCGAGAUGGAGUGGCUUCCUACAGCUGUCCCCAGAAGGUGAUGGUGAACUCUACAGCAAUCUCAACCUCAGGUGUUUAUGCUGCUCCAGCUACAGGCUUCUCCUCAAACCCUGCUGCCUCCAGUCCAGCCAGUGUCACAACAGCAGUUCCCCCACAAACAGCAGUUCAGCCAGUCAUAGUAUCUCCCCUUUCUAUAGGGAGGCCAGCAGUUUCUUCGAUGCCAUUCCCAGUUUAUUCAGCUCCUCUUCCUCCAGUCAGUGAGGUGGGAGAGGCUGGUGCCAUUCUUCCACCUUACUCUUGUGAUCCCAGUGGCAGUGAUCUACCUCGAGAUACGAAGGUCUUGCGGUAUUAUUUUAAUCUGGGAUUGCAAUAUUACCAUCAGAGCUAUUGGCCUUCCAUGGUGUAUGUACAGCCAGCGCUGCCACCAUCGCCUGUGGAAGUUUAUCCAGCAUAUGCUGAGCCAGCUCCUGUCCUAGAUCAGUCAGUACCUCAGGUCUACACUGAUGCUGGGCGAACUGAAGUCCACCAUGUUCCCUUGGAAGCACCUGCAAAUGGUAACUUUCAAAAUGCAGAGCCUCCACCCCUGUCCUACGGGCCAGUAUAUUACCCAGUCGUGUCGGACCCCUUCAGCCAGCAAUCUCUUCCUGGGUUUGAUUCUUUAGUACCUGCCUAUCGCUAUAUUAGUGCCUGGCAUCCAGUAAAUGCACCAUAUGGAAAUUCUCCACAAAUUGCUAAUGCUGUAAGUUCUGGACCGCUGCACCAAGUCAGCUAUAUUGCCUCACCUAACCCUGCACCUCAUGAUGUGUCUCAAGGAAUGUAAAUCUGGGAGCUAUAAGGUCACUUCUUGCCCUUGGUUUCUCUUGUUUCUUGUUUGUCAACUCUAUGUGUUAAUACUGUUUUGUAAAUGCUACCCUGUCUUGGCGGGCUGGUUCAGUUGAUUAAACUGCAUUCAAAUUUCAUGUUUCUCUUCAGGUUUAUGCUAGUGAUUGUUGACUUGACAAGAUGUUGUUUUAGUCGAUUACAUAAGAAAGCAUAGGAAAAGAGUAUACAUAUACAAACUGUAGUGCAGGGAACACAAAGCUUGGUUUUGACUACAUAAAAUAUGUGUAAAACCCAUAUGCUAUCACUAAAGGAAUGUUGCAUCAUGUACCUCUGUGAGGGGUUGCACUGAAACACUGAGACACCUGGUUCUUGUUUAAGCACUGAAAUAGGCUGCCAUUACAACUACAGGUAGAAAUUGGGCACAGGGUUGUUAGAGGAUGAAAGUGUUUGAAAUAGGUUGGCUUUCUCAGAUUUUGCAAAACAAAGCUUCUUUGCCACUAGCGGUCACAUAUUUGUAAUAGCUGUAUUUCUUCUGUCUAAUUUCAUUCUGCGUAGGUUUUGUGACUCUUGAAAGUGUAAGACUACUGUUUUGAUCUGUUGUAUAUUGCUGUAUGUUUGUAAGAUUUGUUUUGUGAAAGCUGUUGCACAAGUGGUGGUAGUCUUGGUGUUUAAUUUGCACUGACAGCACAAAAUAAAAGCAUUGAACACAUGAAAA